GAGACUCGAAUUUUGAGCGAGGAGAGUGAGCAGUGGGAAAGUGAGCCUGGAGGGCGCAGACGGACGACCAGCUGUGCUCGAGGGUGCGGAAACAGCAGGGUGGGGGAGUUGGGAAUAAUUUUAGGACGUCACUGUGACAAAAUCUGAAUGGAGAACACGGCUGGGCGCGGUGGCUCACGCCUGUAAUCCCAGCACUCUGGGAGGCCGAGGCGGGUGGAUCACGAGGUCAGGAGUUCAAAACCAGCCUGGACAAGAUGGUGAAACGGGGUCUCUACUAAAAAUACAAAAAAAUCAGCGGGGUGAGGUGGGCAGGCGCCUGUAAUCCCAGCUAGUCGGGAGGCUGAGGCACGAGAAUCGCUUGAACCCGGGCGGCAGUUUGCAGCGAGCCGAGAUCGCGCCAGUGCACUCCAGCCUGAGCGAGACUUCGUCUCAAAAAGAACACAACAGUGCGAGAGAAAGAAAACAGGACAGCCAGCUGGCAAGAAAAGUCAACACCGCCCUGCAUUUACCUUAAAAGUAGAGAUCACAAAAUCAGCAACUCCAACUUUCAUAAACGGAAACCGCUAAACAGGUAAACUUACACGUACUCUGGAGAAUCGGUUGGUAAGAUACUUCACCAUCUCUGAUUUGGAAAGUCCGCCGGCAAAUACUUUUCAACCUCCCAAAGAAUGAAGAUGAGCUUUGCGUUGACUUUCAGGUCAGCAAAAGGCCGUUGGAUCGCAAACCCCAGCCAGCCGUGCUCGAAAGCCUCCAUUGGGUUAUUUGUGCCAGCAAGUCCUCCUCUGGACCCUGAGAAGGUCAAAGAGUUACAGCGCUUCAUCACCCUUUCCAAGAGACUCCUUGUGAUGACUGGGGCAGGAAUCUCCACCGAAUCGGGGAUACCAGACUACAGGUCAGAAAAAGUGGGGCUUUAUGCCCGCACUGACCGCAGGCCCAUCCAGCAUGGCGAUUUUGUCCGGAGUGCCCCAAUCCGCCAGCGGUACUGGGCGAGAAACUUCGUAGGCUGGCCUCAAUUCUCCUCCCACCAGCCUAACCCUGCACACUGGGCUUUGAGCACCUGGGAGAAACUCGGAAAGCUGUACUGGUUGGUGACCCAAAAUGUGGAUGCUUUGCACACCAAGGCGGGGAGUCGGCGCCUGACAGAGCUCCACGGAUGCAUGGACAGGGUCCUGUGCUUGGAUUGUGGGGAACAGACUCCCCGGGGAGUGCUGCAAGAGCGUUUCCAAGUCCUGAACCCCACCUGGAGUGCUGAGGCCCAUGGCCUGGCUCCUGAUGGUGACGUCUUUCUCUCAGAGGAGCAAGUCCGGAGCUUUCAGGUCCCAACCUGCGUUCAAUGUGGAGGCCGUCUGAAACCAGAUGUCGUUUUCUUCGGGGACACAGUGAACCCUGACAAGGUUGAUUUUGUGCACAAGCGUGUAAAAGAAGCCGACUCCCUCUUGGUGGUGGGAUCAUCCUUGCAGGUAUACUCCGGUUACAGGUUUAUCCUCACUGCCUGGGAGAAGAAGCUCCCGAUUGCAAUACUGAACAUUGGGCCCACACGGUCGGAUGACUUGGCGUGUCUGAAACUGAAUUCUCGUUGUGGAGAGUUGCUGCCUUUGAUAGACCCAUGCUGACCACAGCCUGAUAUUCCAGAACCUGGAACAGGGACUUUCACUUGAAUCUUGCUGCUAAAUGUAAAUGCCUUCUCAAAUGACAGAUUCCAGUUCCCAUUCAACAGAGUAGGGUGCACUGACAAAGUAUAGAAGGUUCUAGGUAUCUUAAUGUGUGGAUAUUCUUAAUUAAAACUCAUUUUUUAAAAAUAAAAAAUUGUUCAGCUUUAUAUGAAA